GUCAGAUACCGUCCCGCGAUGAGGUCCGUCUGUUGAGGAGCGCCGCUGUAGUUCACUCCUCAGCAGGGGCACUUCUUCGACACACGGAGAGCUCUGUCACUACAGGGCGUGCGUGUGUGUGUGUGUGUUUUGGUUUGUGUGUGUGAGAUUGACAGCCUCCUGGGACGAUGUCAAGUCAAGCUCUUAUGGGACGGCUCCGCAACCGGCCCCAGCCCCCCACGGCCGUACUCGCACUGUCGAAGCUGAUGGUGUGUGCUCUCCCUGUGGCACAGAUUGUCAUCGGCUCCCUGUACCUGCACCAGUGUCCCCGGCAGCGCCUCAUCCCCGUCUACCUGGUGGUGGUGGGGGUGUUCGGCCUGAUGCUCAGCCUGCUCAGCUGCCUGCCCUGCUCCCAGCAGGCGGAGGACGGCUCCAGCACGGCGCUCGGCCGUGUGUGUGCCACCUGGAACUCCCUGACCUCGCUCUUCCUCUUCUGCUGGUUCAUCGCCGGAAAUGUGUGGAUCUACUCCAUCUACCAGCCCAACUACAACCACACCACCACGGCCGUGGAGCCGUACUGCCACAAGACGCUGUACCUGUUUGCCUUCUGGACCACCACGCUGCUGUACAUCCUGCUGGGCCUGUUCCUGCUCGGGGGGUGCUGCACUCUGCUGUGCUUCUGCGCCUUCGGCCGGGCCGACCCCGACGACAACGUCUAGACUCAAGGCCCGCGGUUAUCAAAUUAGAAAUAUAGUCUUGCUUGUUGCCAUUUUUUAAGAACGAUGCCCAUUUUCUCUUUAGGUAUGGUGAUGAUACAAUGGGGUUGUACUGUAAGUCACUGAGUUGUGGAGACGACCACAUUUGAAGCCAUAGAUAAUUUAGAAUCAUGAUUGAAGCUUUUUUAAGUUUGUUCCAUGAUUUAGUUUUUCUUUGAUUUGUGCAGUAAUGACAUGUCUAUGCAAUAGGACGAUCAUAAUGAUGGUGUGAGUGUUAAUGUGCUAUUUUGCAGUAGGGAGAGUUUGGAAUUUUAGCUAGAAUUAUUUUGUUUAUAUUUAUGUUACUGUUUACAUGGCGAGAAAGAAUCUUUCAAUGUUUUAAGUUAAAUCUGAUACAAUGUAUGAACAUUGUUAAAGUUAACGGUGAAGAUAUACCAACCACUGCCUUUCGAUAAAUGAUAUGCAUCGUUUAAUCACAGAAAUAAAAUGUACA